UUUUCAUUGAGGUAAAAAGUAAACAAUCCUCCAUUGUUUUAUUAAGAACAGAAGAAAAGCAACAGUAUCCGAAUAAAAUGCACAACAAUAUGAUUGACUAUUAACGAUCUCGAUCUCUCAUUUGGCAGAAUAAAUGAUUUAUGGGAAGCACCGCAUUCCGCAACUUCAAUUAUUCAUGAAAAGUGUCCACCCCACACGACUCUUAAUUUGGGGGUAGAUGUCUUGGAUAUGUUAGAAGCAGUUGAUGAAUUUACCUUGCUCAUCAUUCAGUCAACUCCUACAUGAAACUUUCCUCGAUCAAACGUUUUUGACUCGUUAUUGACGGCUUGUCGUCUUCAAACGUGGUUAAAGAUUGAACAUUGCAUGAUAUUUUCAUAAUAAUUAUUUUGGAGCGGAAAGGACCUUCGCUGCGAAAAAACAUUCCAGGAUGGAAAAUUCGCCAUGGAAACUGAUUUCUGAUUCCAUAGGGGAUACAGAGCGAUUUGAAGUGCCUCAGAUGUAUGUAUUGCCAUGGGAAUGUGACCUUACGCCAUCGACUAUUCAAACUAUAAAUUCAAACAGUUACAAACCGUCCAAUCAUAGGAGACGUACGAAACAAGUUCAGAACUCGAGACCUACUAUUCUCCAAUCAGAAGGAGGGUUAUGUAUCUCAUACUGCCAAUGUCGAUCCCGAGGUUCUGCUAUUGCUUUCAACAUUGUACUUAUGGCUACGCUGGUUCUCAUUUUUACUGUGGUUGCUCUUCUGGUUCUAGCAUUGUAUCAGGGAUCAAAUUUUCGGAUAGAAGCAAACACUCCAGGUCUGGAGCCGUUUGGCGCCACAACGAUUUCAGAUGCUUUAACCGGGAAUCCUAUAAACUCGUCAAAAACUCCAGGAUUUGAACCACCCGAAGAUUCGGUUCACAAUAUUGCAACUUCUUCGAGACCCGAGGGUACUGAUCAUGCUGAAGCAAUAGCAACCGUUUGGCCCACAACUCCGUUCGAAAUUACGCAGGAAAAUGGAUGCGUCCCAAUACCUAUAAUUAGCUGUCGCAGAUACCUCACGUACGACACCACUUUCUUUCCAAAUCGGUUUGGCCUUGGGGAGACUGCGAGUGACGGUGCAAAUCUUUACUACCAGUUUUCGUUUGAUAUUGGAACCCAUUGCCAUCCUGAUGCCAAGCGACUACUGUGCCGCAUCCUCUUUUCGACCUGUUACCAGCCUUUCAUCUUGGUCGACCCCGCUCCUCUGCCUUGUCGCUCUCUUUGCGAAGACGUCGGGACCCGUUGCGUCGAGAAUAGAUCUUUCAACGAGACUUGGAAUAGAAUCUGCGAGACAAUGCCCGAAUCCAAUAGUGAAGAUGUGUGCUUCCGUAGCUCCUUGACAUCCGACCAAGACACACACCAUUUGUGUUCCAACUCGUACUGCCAGAAUGGUGGGACCUGCUUUGAGGUCAACGAUCAUAUCGUGUGCCGAUGCCCCGACCCAUUCUAUGGGAUCAGUUGUCAAAAUGAGUUUGAAGACCCAUGUGCUGCGAAUCCGUGCCUUAAUGGAGCAACCUGCGAGAAACAACUCUCCCCGUUUGGCUUCUCCUUUUAUAUCUGUCUUUGUGCGGAGAGCUACCACGGACCCAAGUGUGAAAAGGUGAUAGGAACAUCUCCUGACCGAGACACUUCUGUUCCACAUCAUCUUCCAGGUAAUGCAAGUAAUGAUAUGUCAGUCAAUUGCCAAGUCAUCCCCGAAGAGUGCCAUUCCAUCUUGUCCUACAACAGAUCACAUGGAAUACUCGUUGGUAGUCAAACUACUUUCUUCUCUCCGUGGCCUCUGAUCGAGACGUACGUAGCUUGCAGCCCUUCAGCGGCUCGUGUCCUCUUCUGUUCGACGGUGUAUCCAACUUGCUCACAGGAUCCUCAAAUUGCAUACGGCGAAGUGUGUAAGGAAGUCUGUGAAAGAGUGAAACGCGACUGCGAAUAUUCAUUCGAAGUCCUCAAUCUACCAUACAUUGAUUGUAAAAAGCUGAAGAAUCGUAACGAUUCCAUUGGAAUGCCAUGUUUAGAUUCCAAUUAGAUGAAUGUUUCCUUUAUACCCCUGUAAUGUCAUGAAUGUUGUGUCGGUCUAUGACAAACACUAAUUAAAGAAGGCGUUUCGCAGCUUGCACGAUGUAGUAAUCUUAGAGACUCAUGAGAGAUCAUUGAAAGACCAGUGAAAGUUCACUCUAGACUAGUACAAUUUCAGUAAGACAAGAAGUAUUAAACAGUUUUUCAGAGAUCUUUAAAUUUUCGGGGUCAUUCUACAGAGAUCGCACAUUUCAGUGAUGUUGGAAAUAGAGUAUCGAAGCGAUGACGUCAGUUGCCAUGGUGUCAUGGCGGCCUGGUUCUAAACAAAUGAACCCGCCGAAUCAAAGCGUGUGUUUCUCAUAUGAGAAAAUGGGUGCUAUCGGAAUAUACAUGUAAUCGCUUACAACCUAUUUUUACAGACGAGCCAAUGUGUACAGAUGACUGUCAGCUGCGACUCUGUUUAGAACCAGGCCGCCAUAACACCGUGGCAACUAACGUCACACUUCGGUACUCUGAAAGAUCUGAAAGAUCGACCUUAUCAAUAGUGGCCGAGUGGUCUAAGGCGCCUGGCUAUACAUGGAAAGUCCGGAGUUCGA